AUGGUGAUUGUUGCUGACAAUGUGAAGGCAGAUGGCACAAGCCUGAUAUACAUUGAUCGUCACCUUGUCCACGAGGUGACAAGCCCUCAGGCAUUCGAGGGUCUCAGGCUCAGCAACAGGGAGGUGCGCCGAACAGAUUGCACUCUGGCCACAGUGGACCACAAUAUCCCAACUUCAUCGCGGAAGAAUUUCAAGGACACCAAAAGCUUCAUAGAAGAAGCAGAUUCGCGGCAGCAGGUUGUAACACUGGAGGACAAUGUGCAAGCAUUCGGCCUCACCUACUUCGGAAUGGAGGACAAACGACAAGGCAUCGUGCAUGUCAUCGGCCCGGAGCAGGGGUUCACACUCCCUGGAACUACGGUGGUUUGUGGCGACAGCCACACUUCAACUCAUGGAGCCUUCGGAGCUCUUGCUUUUGGCAUCGGAACAUCUGAAGUCGAACAUGUCUUGGCAACCCAGACGCUGCUCAUGAACAAGGCAAAGAACAUGCGAGUCAAAGUUUCUGGCAAAUUGGCUGAAGGCGUGACUUCCAAGGAUGUGAUCUUGCACAUCAUCGGCGUGAUCGGCACUGCUGGUGGCACUGGCAGCGUCAUCGAAUUCUGUGGAGAUGUCUUCGAGAACAUGUCCAUGGAGGCGCGGAUGUCAGUGUGCAAUAUGACCAUUGAAGCUGGGGCUCGGGCGGGCAUGGUGGCUCCAGAUGACACUACUUUCAGCUAUCUGAAAGGAAGGCCCUUGUGCCCCAAGGGAAAAGACUGGGACAAGGCAGUUGAGUACUGGAAAAGCCUACGCACGGACAAGGGGGCGAAGUUUGACAAAGAGAUCAAUAUCGAUGCAGCUGACAUUGCUCCGACAGUGACGUGGGGCACAAGCCCUGAAGAUGUCGUGGCCAUCACAGGAACAGUUCCGGAUCCCAAAGAGGCCAAGGAUGAGACGAAGAGGAGUGGAAUGCAGCGUGCUUUGCAGUACAUGGGCUUGGAGCCUGGAACCAAUAUGCAGGACAUCUCCAUCCAGAAGGUGUUCAUAGGAUCCUGCACGAACAGCCGCAUAGAAGACAUGCGCAGCGUUGCUGCCGUGGUAAAGGGCAGGAAGGUGGCUCCCGGCGUGGACGCCAUGAUCGUACCUGGUUCGGGGUUGGUCAAGAAACAAGCAGAGGCCGAGGGGCUUGACAAGAUUUUCGUAGAGGCUGGCUUUGACUGGCGGGAACCUGGCUGUUCCAUGUGCCUGGGCAUGAACCCGGAUCGUCUCAAGCCACAGGAGCGCUGUGCAGCCACUUCAAACAGAAAUUUCGAGGGCAGACAGGGACCGCAGGGUCGCACUCACCUGAUGAGCCCUGCAAUGGCGGCAGCCGCCGCUGUCACUGGAAAGCUCAAGGACGUCCGAGAGCUAUUGCCAGAAAUGCAAGCCGCAGCCAAGACACACGAAGCAAGCAACAGCAAGGAUUUCUAUUCCGAUCCGAUUGAAUGGAAAAAGACACAGGAGGAGCCGUCCGAGCAAGCCAGCGGCAUGGCGGGUGCGGGCACAAGAACGGCAGGCGCGGCUCCUGCCUCCGCAGGGAUGCCGAAAUUUACGAGUUUGGACGAUGUUAUCGCCUGCCCGUUAAGAAAAGCGAAUGUCGACACGGAUUGCAUCAUUCCGAAGCAGUUCUUGAAGACAAUCAAAAGAACUGGGCUGGGCAAAGCUGCGUUUUUCGAGCUCCGGUAUGAGGACGAUGGUGUCACGGAAAACAAAACCUUCAUUCUCAAUCAGGAGCCGUACAGAACCUCCUCCAUUCUCAUUGCUGGUGACAAUUUCGGAUGUGGCUCAUCACGCGAGCAUGCGCCGUGGGCUCUGAAUGAUCAGGGCAUCCGCUGCAUCAUUGCUCCUAGCUUCGCGGACAUCUUCUUCAAUAAUUGCUUCAAGAACGGGAUGCUGCCCAUUGCCGUGACAAAGGAUGUGGUGGAAGAGCUCUGGACACACUCGGAGGCACACAAACUAUUGAGCGUCGACCUUCAGAGCCAGGAGAUUAGAAGAGAAGGCGGCGAGGCCAUCAAAUUUGAAGUGGACCCGUUCCGGAAGCAUUGCUUACUGAACGGACUGGACGACAUAGGCUUGACGCUCCAAAAGAGUGAUCACAUCGACAGCUUCGAGGCGAAGCGGAGCUCCAUGUUCCCUUGGUUGGAUGGCCCAAACUACAGCAGAUUAAAGGCGGAAGUUCGCAUUUCCACGACCAAGUCCGCGGCAUUCUACGCACGUGUAUCCAAGGGAUUCCUGGCUGGUCUUGCAGCAAACGACGAUCGGCCAGAGCGUCCUGCGGCUUCGCAGCUCAUUCUGACUGCCACGGGCAAUGCGAUCGAGCGGGCGGUUCGCGUGUCGCAAGACCUCAAGGCUGAGGGUGAGGUCGAUAUCUUGAAAGUUCGUACACAGAUGGUCACCGGGUCCAACCAGCGGGCGCAGGUGCCACAGGCCAAAGCAUGA